AGUUACAGAGGAACCAGGAAAUGGAAUAUGAGCAAAUGAUCAACACUAGCUAACUGUGCUCUGACCACGAACUCUGCCAUGGGGAGCAAUGUAACCAAAACAGUGGAAAAAUGGGGAAUAAAUCCAAAAAAACUGACACAAAAACGGACAAAAGGAGAAGGUCCACCUGUGGUUCCUCCCCAUCAGCAGGCCCGUGUUGAUGUUCCUGUGUAUGACUGUGUGUUAGAUGAACCACAGUAUGCCCAGGUGAAUAAGAAACGCAAGCAGAAUGACGAUGGUUUACACUACGCAGACGUUCGAGUCCUACAGUCUGAAAAUGCGACCAGCAGGGGAAAACUGAGACAACAGACUCCAAACAGCCACAACACAGAGUAUGCAACAAUAAACUUCACAACAACUACUGCAAAUACGCAGACCUCAGCUAAACCUGCAGAUAUAUUCAUCCCACCUGGAGAACUACAGACACCAUAUACAAGGUUUUCCCAUAAGAAACAUGUCCACUCAAAGCGUGGAAUUAUGCGGUGAACAAAAAGGCAAACAAACAACAAAAAAAAAAAAAUGAGCAAACAUUUCUUCUCUUUAAUUGUUGUACAUUUUAUACUGCUGUAUAUUGUGCCAUUGAGCAAGGCAUUUAUGUGUGCAAUUCAUAGUCUCUAACGUCAUGAUGGAUAAAAUCCUUUAAUUUCAGAAGCAAGUGGUUGUUUGCUUAAAAAUGUUUAGCCUAUUUUAUUAUUUCUACAAAUCAAUUUACAAAUCACAUUCCCAGCAAAUUUGUGUAUCUACACAGUUUCAUUAUUAGUGACUUCCUG